AACAAAAACCCAAAUAUUUCAUCUAAAAAAACACCCAUUUCUUGAUUCAUUCUCUCUUUCAAUAAUCCAUUCAAAUUUCAAACACCCUGUUCUUCAUAUAAACGUUUGAAUCAAAUAAAAACCCUCAAAAGCUUGAAAAAUUGUGGACAAAUUGGAAGAAUUUUGAGAUGAAAUGAGACAAAUAAUGUUGCAGGCCAUAGAAUCUACAAAAAGCGGACUCAGCCCAUUGAAGGGUUUUUGUGAGAGAGAGUUAAAAAGAUAGAGAAGAGAAAUGAUGGGUUCUUCUUCAAAAGCAAGAAGCAGUAGCUAUGAUUACUCGUUCAAGAUACUGUUGAUUGGGGAUUCUGGCGUUGGGAAAAGCAGUAUUCUCCUCAGUUACAUAUCCAAUUUUGUUCAAGAUCUGUCUCCCACAAUCGGUGUGGAUUUCAAGAUCAAGAUGGUAACAGUUGGUGGAAAAAGAUUGAAGCUAACGAUUUGGGACACAGCUGGACAGGAGAGGUUUGGAACAUUGACAAGCUCUUACUACAGAGGUGCACAUGGAAUCAUCCUAGUGUACGAUGUUACCCGACGGGAGACGUUUACGAACUUGAUGGACGUAUGGGCAAAGGAAGUAGAGAUGUAUUUAACCAAUCAUGAGUGCAUAAAAAUUCUUGUUGGAAAUAAAGUCGAUCGAGGUAGCGAAAGAGCUGUUUCGACAGAAGAAGGUAUGGCCGUUGCCAAGGAGCAUCAAAGUUUGUUUCUCGAGUGCAGUGCUAGAACUCGAGAAAAUGUCGAUAGAUGCUUUAAAGAACUCUCUUCAAAGAUACUGGAAGUUCCGAGUCUACUAGAAAAUGGAUCUGUCGUGGUGAAACAGAAAAUUUUGGACAAAACUCGAGCACGAAAAGAAGCGAACGAUGGGGGUUGUUGCCGCUAACCCGACGCAACCCGACGCAACGAAUCAGAUAUGGAAGAUCACGAAAUUGUUGAUUAGAACAGAGGCCAGGAAAGACACAAACGAGGCAACCAAGGUGAUUACAUUGUUUGUAUCAGCUUUUUUCUUUCAAAAGAGAAUAAAAAAGAAUGCAUUGGAAUGGUGUCUUUGAGAUCACUGUAAAAGUUUUGGGUGAAUUUUGUUGGGAUAAUGACUUUUUGAGUAACAAAAUUUAAUAAAAUCCUUGUAGAUAAUGUGAAUGUAUUUUUAA